GUGCGUGUAUGUGUGUGUCCUACCGUCUUGUCGGAUCACGUCGCAGGGCGUGGCGGAGAACCGAAGGCCCCGGGGCCACAGAUGUGUGACCCAGUGUCUGAGGGUUCGGGUGUGGCGGCCAUGCCCGCCUCAGUCUCCGUGCCCCGCGGACACGAGGAACGCAACAGGCCGCGUCAGCGCGCUGAUCAAAAGCUUGCAGCGGGGCUGAUAAAAGCAGCGCUCCGGGACAAGUGCCGGGAUAAGAGUUGUGACACUCCCGGGAUACACCAGAACUCACAGGAUCUAACACUACCUAUCACAAGAACCUGGGACUGAAGCUAUUCCAUCAUGACCUGGGUCCACUUCUGCGGGAUUCUAGCUUUCGUUGUGGUCGUCCACGGGACGUUUACACAGCACAACUCCGGUCAACGAUGCGACUGCAACCGGAAGUCGCGCUACUGCGUGCUGGACGCGGAGGGGAUGCGCUGCUUGGAUUGCCGCGGCAACACCACCGGGCGGCGCUGCGAGCACUGUGAAGUCGGCUUCUUCCGCUGGGUACCCGGGCAGCACUGCAGCCCCUGCCGGUGCAGCCCCUCAGGGUCUGUGGCCUCCACGUGUGACAGCAGGGGGCGCUGCAGCUGUAAAGAGGGGGUAACGGGAGACAAAUGCGACCGCUGCACCAACGGAGCUCCACUCGGACCCAACGGCUGCACAGGAGCUGUCCUCAGAGACGAGCCUGUGGAGCGGUCUACUUCCUGUUUCUGCCAUGGCCACGCCUCCAGCUGUGGUGUCGCCCAUGGAUACGCUGCCCACCCCAUCGAGUCCAAAUUCACUGAUGGGCCGGAGGGCUGGCAGUUGAGCACGGGUCGCGGGGUGCUGACGACCCAGGUCCAGUUCCGCUGGGUGCCGAUCCACGAGGACCUGGAGGUCAUCUCUCAGAACAGCCUGCCCACCUACCUCAACGCCCCUGCUCGUUACCUCGGUAACCAGGUGCUGAGCUAUGGCCAGAACCUGAGCUUCUCCCUGCGUCUGGACCGCGGCGUGCGCCACCCCUCCACCAACGACGUGGUUCUGGAGGGGGCCGGCCUCCGGGUGGGAGCAGCGCUGGGGGAGCUGAGGUCCAUCAUCCCCUGCGGACAGAAGAUCCCCUUCAGCUUCAGGCUGGAUGAGGGUUCAGGCAGCAAGUGGAGGCCCAAGCUCUCCCAGCUGCAGUUCCAGUCCCUCCUACACAACCUCACGGCGAUCAAGAUCCGGGCCACGUUCGGAGAGGACGGGCGCGGUUACCUUGACAACGUCAGCCUGAUGUCAGCGCGCCGCGGCGGUGCCGGCGGCGCCGGUGGCCCCGCCCCCUGGGUGCAGAGCUGCGUGUGUGAGCCGGGGUACCAGGGUGCGCACUGCGGCCGCUGCGGGGCCGGGUUCAAACGCACGUCCCCCGCCGACGGGGCCUUCGGCGCCUGCAAACCAUGUGACUGUAAGGCGGGAAGCUGUGACCCCGACACAGGCGACUGCUUCUCUGCCGACGAGACACAGAGGUCCCAGGCCUGUCCCGGCGGUUACUAUAGCGACCCGAACCAGCCGCUUUCCUGCGUGAGGUGCCCGUGUGCCGGGGGCGUGGGGUGCUCCCUGAAGCCCGGCUCGCUGGAGGUCCAGUGUGACAACUGCCCCUCUGGGGUCACUGGCUUCCGCUGCCAGCUGUGCGGGAACGGUCUGUACGGCGACCCCCUGGGGGAGAGGGGGCCGCAGAGGCCCUGCCAGGCCUGCUCCUGCCCCGGCCGCGGGGACUCCCUAGAGGGCACCCACUGUGACCCGUUCAGCGGGGAGUGUCUGAAGUGUGUGGACGACAGCCGGGACGGGCAGCCCAAGGCCUGCCCCGAGGGCUCCUACCACAGCCGCCUGACGGACGCGUGCGAGGCCUGCAAAUGUGACCCGAUUGGCUCGUUGUUCAGCCUGUGCAGCGCGGAGGGCCAGUGUACCUGCAGGGAGGGCUACCAGGGACGCAGGUGUCACCGCUCCACCUGUCCGUCUUGCUUCCAGCCAAUCAUCUCCCAGGUGGAGGGCUAUGCCGAUAAACUCCGGGAGCUCGAGAAGCUGUUCUCCAACCUGGGCGGAGGUACCGGCUCCGACAGCACCCACCAGCUGGACACCGCCCUUAAAGCCGCCGGCGCGCUGGUGACAGAUCUCACAAAUACCAUGGACACACUCAAAGUGUCGGAGCAGAAUCUCCAGUUGCGUGUGACCAGCAUUAGCGACCAGCAGCUGGAAGAGAGCCAGGACGUCCAGAGUCUGACGCGCGCCGCCGCCCGGCUCCGCCAGGAGCAGGCGGCCUACGACACGCGCAGCGCGGCGGUGCAGACGCUCAUCGACCAGAUGACGUUCACGCUGAAAGACGCCAAGGCCAAGAUCCAGGCAGCGGAUCUUCCUCAGGGUGACGAGGCCCAGGCCGUGAGCAACAACCUCUUCUCCACCCUGAUCACCAAGGCCAAAGAGCUGGCUGAGAGACACCUGGUGAAGGCGGAGGAGGUGGAGCAGAGUGCCGGGGACGCCCUCGCCGACUCUGGGAAUAGCCUGGCUCUCAUGAGGGGCCUCAUGUCCCGGGAGAACCAGGUCAAGGAGCUGCUGGGAAACCUGAACAACAUGUAUGACAAGACCUCCGGCAAGGUGAAGACCAUGGAGAACCAGGCUACUCGCCUGAGCAGCCAGGCUGGGGUUGAGAGCCAACUGGCUGGGGACAUGUUGAAGCAGAUCACCGGUAUGGAGCCGGCCAUCGGCGCUCCUAUCCAGGUAGAUGAUCUGGUGUCGAGACUGGACACCCUGACGGACCAGGUCUCGCCCAACAUCUUGGCCUCCCGAGCGCUCCUGAAGGAUGUGGACCAGGACAAGGAUCUGGCGCGGGGCCUCCUGAAACAAGGCCACGAUGCUCAGAAGGUGUACGACGGUCUGCUGGUCAGGGCCAACGCUGCCAAGGCCGAAACCGAAGGGGCGCUGAGUGGAAUCAAGAGCAACUUGAAAGGAGUGGAAGACACCCUGGCUUCACUGAGAGGGUUUGACCAGAGCAUCGACGAAGGCAAGAAGCUGGCCGACGCAGCCAUUGCCAGACUCCCGGCCAUCAACGGCACCAUUCAGCAGGCGGUCUUGAAAAACGGCCAGACCCUGAACCUCCUGGAGGACUUCUCCCAGGACUACACCAACACCCUGGCCACCAUCGCAGAGCUGGAGACAGAGGUGGCCGGCCUGGAGAGCGGCGUGGGUUCCCUGGAGCCUAUCAGCGGCCUGGUGACAGAUGCCACCAAACUGAGGCAGGAUCUGGAAGGUAUGGCGCAGCGGGCCGGAGCCAUGCAGGGAAAGGUGAAGGGGGAGCUGGCCAGCUCGCAGACGCUGCAGAUGGACGCCGAGCAGGCUGUCUCGGAUGCUGAGGCUGCCCAUGACAACGCCAUGGAUACGAGGGAUGCCGUGGCAACAACUUUGCAGAAGGUCAGCGACUUGCUCAACAUGAUCGGCCAGUCCGGCAGUCUUGACGAAGAGCGCAUAGCUGAGCUGGAACGCUCCCUGGCCGACGCCCAGAAGAGAGUGGACCAGGACCUCAAGCCCCGCCUCCACAACAUGGAGGACCUGGAGGCGGCGCAGCGGCGCCUCCUGGGGGGUCUGAACGUGGACAUCGACAAAAUCCUGUACGACAUCAACAACCUGGAGGUCAUCCUCAAAUCUGUGCCCUCAGGCUGCUACAACACCCCCCCCAUCGAGCUGGCCUAAGCCCCGCCCCUCCCCCUGAUCCCUCCCUAUCCCUGUGCCCCUACAUUCAACUGAGGUUGAACCCCCAAUUGAGGCCACACCCCCUUCUCCCUAUAAAGUGGCCUUAAGAACCCAUCUCCCCAAGCUCACCCCUCCCCCAUCAAGAUGCCUUCAGCCCCGGCGCCUGUCCUCCCCCCAACCUAGAGGUUCGAAGCCACACCCCCUCCACAUGUUUUCAUGAACUGCACUGAGGAGCGAAAUGAUGAAUGAAAGUUAGGCUAGCGUUUGAAAACUAGCAUAGCGUUUGAAAGCUAGCCUAGCGUAGGAUAGUGUUUGUCGGAUCAGAUCGGUAUGAUCGCUGAACUUGGAAGAUGGGUUUGUAUUGUUAAGUGUUAGAAAUAGCGUGUUUUAUAGUGUAUAUAUCUAUAUCUAUAUAGAUAUAGAUAUCUAUAUCUAUAUAGUGUAUCUGAGACUGUGAUUACUAGUAGACGAGGCUGGUGGUAUUUAUACAUGUACAUAAGAUCAAUAUUGUUAAACUUUGUUUGUUUGUUUUCUUGGCGUCAGUAUUAAGUCAAGAAGACAAGAUCAUGUGACUAUUUAAUUUUUUUUUAUAUAUGUGGCGAGUGGCGCCUACCCUUUGCCCCAUAAUACACUCAGUUUUCACCAUUAAUAUUAACAACACUCUCUUGUCUUUUCUUGUUUCUUUUUGUUCAUUCUAAUUUAUAAUCUAAAAAUUGUAAACAUUUAGUUAUGUUUAUUUCCUACUUGAUCAUAAAAC